AUUUUUGGACCUUUUUCGAUAGUCCAUAACUAGGCCAUAGACGUUUGGAUUUUCUCGCCUGUCAUUCAAUCUGUGGUUGGCUUCAACUUAGUGCUGUAGUAAAGUAAAUCAGGCUGUUUUACUUGUGAUAUCUUUUCGAAAAUGGAUAAGGGAAAUUGUGCCUCAUCGGUCUGCCUUGGAGAUAGCGAAGCCGAUAGAAAGACGGCCAUUAAGGAUGAAGGCUCCGAGCACUUGCGCAAGAUCUUCAUUGGUGGCCUAUCCACUCAGACGUCCAUGGAAAAGCUGCGCGAAUUCUUUAGCCAGUUCGGUGUCGUGUCCGAUGCGGUGGUCAUGCGGGAUCCGGUGAGCAAUCAUUCCAGGGGCUUUGGCUUCGUCACCUUUGUGGAUCCCAAGUCCGUGGAAGUUGUCCAAAGGGCCCGUCCCCACACCAUUGAUAAUAAAAUUGUGGAGACAAAGCACGCUCUGCCACGCCAAGAACUCAAAAGGGGUGGCGGCGUUGGUUCCGUUGUCGGAAGUUUUCGCUUUGAAGCCGGUUUCGUGAAUUCGAAAAGGAUCUUUCUGGGCGGUUUGAAGGAGUAUCACGAUGAGAAAAUCGUACGCGAAUACUUUUCGCAGUUUGGACCAGUGGCCAGCGUGAAAUUGCUCACUGACAGGGAGACCGGGCGUCAGCGGGCAUUUGGCUUCCUCGAGUUCGUGGAUCCAUUGAGUGCCGAGAAGGCCUUGGCACCGCGCAAGCACUGGAUUCUCCAGACUUUGGUGGAGGUGAAGAGAUCCACCCAGAAGCCCGACAGGCGUUUUCGCUUCCCCAUUUCCAGCUCGGUCCGAGCCGGCUACAUUCCGCCCCAGCCGGCCACCGCUGAUAGCUACAACUACAAUCCCUAUCUGGCCCAGUCCGUUCUGCCGCCAUCGGCAUUCACCAACGGCUGGGCCCACUAUGUGAUUCCGAUGGCAUCCAAGCCAACACCCGGUCAGAACACGGCUCCAAAGCAUACGUUCGCCGGACACGGUCCGGACAUGUGGUCCUCCUAUCCGAAGCCCGGUACCUACUCGGCCCAGAAGUGGACUCCCAGCAAAGUGGGCGAAUGGGCACCGAAGGCCGGGCACAAACAUGCCCAGACAUCGACCAACGAUCGUCCCAAGUUGAAUUUGAAUGGCCUCCAGGCAGCUACUUCCAAUGACAAGCUGGACUUGGGCGCCGGUGGCGAUGGAGAUCGCAAGCUGGACGUGGGAGCUGGCUUGGAAUUGGGUUUGGGUUUGACACCCGGUACCGCCGUGGGAGUUGGAGCUAUCAAGAAGUGGCCCAACCAGGACUAUAAGGUCUUCAAGCCAGCUAAAUCUCCCACCAACGGAGUGAUUCCGAAGAUCGGCAAGGGGGCUACCCCACCACCAUACGGUAUCUAAGUGGAGGACGAAGUUAUUCCCAAUUUACUGCCGCAGUUUAACGCCCUUUGCUAAUUUGCAGGCGAUUCCGUUCGAGAUAUUUAAUAAAUAAUAAAGCAGGGUCCUUUUGAGACUUAAAAUCGUAAA